UAUCAAGGUGAGUUAGGGGUUGGACCGGGCUAUAGUUAAGUUUCGGCUUGCACUCAUAAACCCUAGCUAAGUGUUAGAUCCACCAAGCAAGAAGGCAACAAUGGACGGUGCUCAAAAUGAUCUGGAGAGGCUCAUGAUCUUCGAGCAUGCUCGUAUGAACGCUGAGGCCGAAUACGCCAAGAACCCUACCGAUGUAGAUAAUUUAACAAGAUGGGGUGGAGCUCUGCUGGAAUUAUCCCAAUUUGGAGAUAUCAAUGAGUCAAAGAAGAUGCUUAAAGAUGCUGUGUCGAAACUGGAUGAGGCGUUAUCUAUCAAUCCGGCAAAACACGAGGCUUUAUGGUGCUUAGGGAAUGCCUACACUGCUGGUGCAUUUCUAACUAGUGACUUUGAUGAAGCUAAGGUUCAGUUUGAUGAUGCACUUCGGUGUUUCCAAAAGGCUGUAGAAGAGUGUCCAGGGAAUGAACAUUAUCUCCAAUCUUUGGCAUCCUGUGCUAAGGCACCUGAGUUGCACAAAGAGAUCCACAAACAUGGAGGACUUGGUCAAGCUCAACAGACAUUGGGUGGAUCAUCCGCUGCAUCUUCUAGUGCUAAGAGUUCCGCCAAAAGUAAGAGCAGUGAUUUGAAGUACGAUAUAUUCGGGUGGAUAAUUCUUGCUGUUGGGCUUGUUGCAUGGGUAGGGAUGGCCAAGUCUAACGUGCCUCCAUCACCACCGAGAUAAGGCGUUAUAUUUUCUCAUCGGUAAGUUGAGAGCUCAUAUUGUUACAAAGACGAUGCAAAUGUUCACUACAUAUAAAUGGCUAAGAUGUGUACCGACUUAGCACUUUAAGUGAGCCUAUUAGUGCAUUUUUUAUUUUUAAAAUGUUCAUCCUAAUGUGCACUGCCAGUAAAAUAGCGAUACGUAUCUGGUAUGUUGCCAAAUUUUGACUUUGUAAGUCUUCAUAAGCGUAUUUUACUUUGUGAAAUGUUCGUUCUAUGGUUU